AUGGAGCCUCAGCUUACAGAGUCCUCACCCAGGGCGACUGUGGGGACCCCGCCUUGUGAGAGACGGGAAUCGGGGUGCCCCCUGGAAAUGCAGGGCCAGUGCUGGCGAUCAGAGGCAGACCCCCAGAAGGAGCAGCUCCCAGGGAAAAGGAGCCCCACACUUGAUGGUGUGGGGACAGCUGCAGGGGCACGUUGCAGAGUUCUGCAGGAGCAGGUCCCCCCAGGAGAGGGUCUCGGUGGAGGCGACGCACCUGGAGCAGAGGAAGAGCCCAGGACGCCCGGAGUGAGAAGCCUGUACCUGUGCAGGGCGUGCGGCAAAGCCUUCCCCCGGAGACCCCUGCUCACGCAGCAUCAGCGGACGCACGCCGGGGAGCACGCCGGGGCCCAGCCCUUCGUGUGCACCGAGUGCGGGAGAGCCUUCAGCAAGAAGCCAGACCUGCUGCAGCACCACCCCGUGCACUCGGGGGACAAGCCCUUCACGUGUGCGCAGUGCGGCAAGGCCUUCAGCCUCCGGGCCCACCUGGCCCGGCACCAGCAGUUCCACGCCGGGGAGAACGCCUGCCAGUGCCUGGCCUGCGGGAAGGCCUUCGCGCACAGGUCGCACCUGGCUCAGCACCAGCGCGUGCACAGCGGGGAGAAGCCCUUUGCCUGCGCCGCCUGCGGGAAGGCCUUCAGCCGGGGCUCCUGCCUCACCCGGCACCAGUGCCUGCACGGCGAGGAGCAGGCCAACGCGUGCGCCGAGUGCGGCAAGGCCUUCAGCCGCCGCUCCAACCUCCUGCGGCACCGGCGGAUCCACACGGACGAGAAGCCCUUCCGGUGCAGCGAGUGCGGCAAGGCCUUCACCCAGAGCGCGCACCUCACGCAGCACCUGCGCGUCCACACGGGCGAGAAGCCCUACACGUGCGACGACUGCGGCAAGGCCUUCGCCCACCACUCCACCUUCGUCCUGCACAAGCGCAGCCACUCGGACGAGAGGCCCUUCGUGUGCAAGGUGUGCGGGAAGGCGUUCCGGGACCGGCCCGGCUUCAUCCGCCACUACAGCAUCCACUCGGGCGAGAAGCCCUACGAGUGCUUCGCAUGCGGCAAGGCCUUCAGCCGCCAGGCGCACCUCACGCAGCACCAGAGGACGCAUGCCUGUGCAAGGAGCCCUUUCUCCCCUGGCCAAGUGCCCGUCAGCAUCCACCGGCUUCUGGGGACAGAGUCUUGA